AUGGUUAGCUGGUCGUGCUUGUCGCUUGCUUCGGGUAACAUCGCGGGCCAAACCUUUACCAAGGUCGCUGCUGGGUCUGUUAUCACAUUUAUCACCAGAGACCUCGGCGAUGAGUCCAUAUCGGUAUGGGUCAUUGAGGGUCCGCUUCUCGUCCAGAGUGCUUUGGCGCCAAUCGUCGGCCGCCUUUCCGAUGCCACCAACCGGAAAUACAUAGCCAUCCUGCCAAGUCUAGUCGGUUUGGCCGGGGCUAUCCUGUCCGCUAAGGCAAGCUCAGUUUCGGUACUGGUUGUGGGUAGCUUCUUGACUGGCGUCGCUUUGACAACCGCAUCCAUUUUCGUCAGUACACUCGGCGCUGGGGCCGUUGCGAACAUUACUGCCAGUGGCAGGCAAUACAUAUUCUGGAUUCAAGUCGCGUUCCACGGCCUGACAGCCGUUAGCCUAUUCUUCUUCUACAACCCGCCCAAAACCCAUGGUUUCCCUGUAUCCAUAAGAAAACUUAUUUGGACCUGUGACCCGAUAGGUUCAGCACUUUUCUUCAGCAGCACGACACUUUUGUUGGUCGGGCUCAGCUGGGCCGGCUCUGCCUACUCGUGCAGCAACCCGCAUGUUGUGAUUCCCAUCUCGCUUGGCGCUGUGCUACUCCUUGGCUUUGCCCUGUACGAGUGGAAGGGUAGGUCAGACGGACUAAUAUCCCACGCCUUAUUCCAGAGGGAUAUCAACUUUGCUUAUUCCAUCUUUGCCUUCGGAGCCGAGGGGUGGAUAUAUUACGGCGCAGUCAAUCCAGUGGUGCCCAAAAUAAUUCUCAACCUAGGCUGGGAGACGAAUUCCUGGAAUAUCGGGGUUCGUAUGCUUAGUUUCAAGCUCUUCAACCUCGUUUUCUCCGUUCUCAUCACAUGCUACGCGACGAGGGUCAAAGACUUGAAGUUGCCCCUCCUUCUUAGCUUUAUCAUCUUUCUCGUCGUAGCCAUCCUCUACACAGUUCUAAAGCCCAGUUGGGACAAGGUGCACUAUGCCAUCAACGUGCUGACUGGCCUUGGCCAAGCUGGGCCGCUUACUCUCCUCCUGACCUACGUCCACAGGCUGAAGGCUCACUACAGGCCCUCGGUUGGGGCCGCUGCCGUGGACGCAGGCCUGCCUCCCUCGAGUGUCCCAUCGCUGCUGACUGCUCUUGAGUCUGCUAAACAAACAGCAGUUGCCUCUGUUCCUGGUGCUAACGACAACAUCAUCGCGGCCGCUGCUGCCGAGAGCAGGUCCCAGUUCACCUACGCCUACCGAGCAGCCUGGGGGAGCAUCAUUCCCUUUGUAGCCUUAAGCAUCGUCGCGGUACUCUGCCUCAGGAGCGUUAAGGAUCUGAUGACCGGGGAGAUCGAUGCUACUGUAGAGCGCAAUGUAGAUAAACAAGCAAAUGUUGGUGCUGAUGGAGCAGUCAGAGUAUGA